UGGCGAGCGAUCUUCCCCCGUUGCAUCUCGUCGUGUUCUCCAUCUCACUUCCAGAAAACCUCCCUGAGUGCUGCCCAAGCCAAUUGAUCAUUUCCAUGAAGUAAUCAUUCUUAGCAAUUCUCCAUUCUCUCCUUCGUUUGAUCUCCCUUUUUUUUGUUUCCCUUUGUUCUUUGUUCCUUUUUGUCCCAGUCAUUCCUUUCUGAUUACAGCCGCCGGUCGCUUGAAUCAGGAGGGAGAGUCCCCUGUUCGCUUUGGCCCAAUUCCAAUGUUGGAAAAUAGCUAGAUAUGUCUCUUAAUGGCUUAGAUGAUCCAGCCAUCAUCGAGUCCUACCAGACUGCCUUGACCGAGGCCGGAGGGUGGUUCCUUAUCAAAUAUGUCUCCAGAGACGUGGUCGCGCUUCUGGCCAGAGGUACGGGCGGCGUCGCUGAGAUCCGCAUUACAAUCGAUAGCUACGAAGAGAAAUCUCCGCUCUAUGGAUUCUUACAAUAUCGCCGGAGGAAAGUCAUACUGAGAUAUGUUCCGGAGGGGGUUUCGAGGAUCUUGCAAGCGCGGAUCUCCGUCCAGUUCCAAUCGGUAUUGGAUAAAUUUUCACCGCAUGACACAGUCUUUUCUCUGACGGUUUCCUCCGAACUUACCGAAAAUGCGUUAUCGUCCGCCUGUUUGCUCCAUACCGCAUCUCGCUCCAUGACCUCAUCCUCCAGUUCCUUAAGACGUUGUCAGUUAGGAGAGAUCACAGAAGACGCUGAAGUGGAAGAGAGUGCCUCGAUUGCGGAUAGAUCGAUCGCCGAGAGUAGCUUGGCUGCUGAUGACCGGAGAGGAAGUAUUUGUAGUCGAACUUCCGAGGCCACAGCUGUACCAGGGCGCUAUAAGGCGGGAGAAUCACAGGCUCCUUCAGUGGCUGAAACUGCGUCAAUACGGUCAAGAGGCUACUCAGACCAUAGGUCUGAGAAACCAUUGCCUUCUAUCCCACACGACUACACACGGAGUCGAACAAACGGGGUAGCUCACAAAAACCUAGUGGAUCAACUCUCCCAGUGCGCGAAUGAGCCGCGAAAAUCAACUCAGUCUUCAAGACCCUCAACUAGAGAUCUAGACCAAGCGAGCCUACGUCCACCAAAGAUAAAACUAGGACCUCGCCCGUCAGUGGAUGUGAAUGGCCGACCUCGCACCGCCGGAUCUAUGGGUAGGUCGCGUGAAAGUCGUCCGGUAGCCGCACUCCCUGCUGGUGUUCGGUCAACCAGCAGAAGAAGCUAUGCUCCUCGACCCAAGUCUCAACCGGAUCUUAUUCCUCCAACUCUUGCGGAUGCCCCUCCAAUCCCCACACUUUUGCCUCCUCCCCCCGUCCUAGGUUCAUUUUCGAGAAACCCACCUGCUUCCCCUAAAUCCGCCAGAAGCGUUGCUUCUUCGAUCGGAGUGACUCCGGAGAAGCAAAGGCUAAUGAAGGCUCUAGAAUUACGGAAAAGACAGAUAGAAAAACAAUCCCAGGAAGCCAAGAGACGCAAUCAACAAGAAGAGGCGGAACCGAGAGAAUUGAAGAAUGAUACGUCCCAAGAUGUUUUAACGAGGCCCUGUGUCAAGCCUGAAGCUUGUGAAAUCAAAGUUGAAGAAGUACAAGAGACAAAACCAGAAGAACCAGCGGACUCAUCGCAGAGCAUUCCCGAACUGCCUGCGGCUGUUGAAGCCGAAGCGAAAGUUCCAGUGGGUGACCCAUCCAAACUUGACUCAGCCGUUGAUCUCUCUGUCGCUGAACAGACCCCUCAAAAGGAUGUUUCGAAGCCGUCCGUGGUCCUUGAUCAUGCUGAAGCAUCUUCAUCUCUGGCUCUUUCAUCAGGCACGCCCCACACUCCUGAUACCGGUGUUACUGAACUAUCUAAGGCCGAUCAACAUGAUCAUCCCCCGUCUAGCCCUAGCCCUGCUGGAGAGACGACAGCUUCGACGGAUGAUACACUCGCGCAAUUAAAUAAGUCUCUGGAUGCUAGGGAGCCGGCGGACAUCGACCCAUGUGAGAUUGAGAUACCAUCUGAUCUUCAAUGUCCAGACACCCCUACCCCACGCGCAAUUCCGGUUGAAUUCUCUCAGACAACGGAUCCUGAAUCAGAGCGUUCUUCUAUCGAACGACCGGGGUCUACGAAUGCAAGUGAAGAGAUAUCUCAGCCUGAUACCGAGGUCUCUCAAUAUCAGUCAGACGUUUCAUUGCCUAUCGCUGAAGACAAAAACACAGAGCAAGAUCCAGAAUCUCAAGGAGAUAAUGAAAAGCACAAUGAUCGCAAACAGAAACGUCGUGCUAUGCUUGAGCCUAUCCAUAUUCCGGGGCGCAAUGAGGACUUGGAUGAAGAAAACUUGCUCUCGGAUGAUUCGUUCAUGGAAGAACUGAAAUCAGCAACUGUUCAGGAAGCCAAACCAGUCGCUGUGCCUAAGACUCCUCUUACCCCGUUUUCCACGAGUGGAGAUCUUUCUUCUUCGGAGAGGUGGAGAGGUUCUCGGAUUGUAUCAAAUCCAAGUGCCGGUGGCAUAGACAUACAGGCGCUCCCUAUCGGAAGAUCUGCAUCAGGGUCGUACUUCAAUAAUCAGGAUGCGAUUCCGGUACUCGUGGCAAAGAAAGUCAAUGUUUCCUCGGGCAUCUCUAAACGCAUUAAAGCCUUGGAGAUGUUUUCUAGCCGCGAGUCCGGCCCGAGCCAUGCACCCGUAGUUCCAUCGUCAUCCACUUCAACCUCUCCAUUCGAGAAAUUCCGCAAACGAGCCACGAUGAGCCCGGCUAAUGUGCUUUCUCCUAGUACCCCUAAGGGGAAUAAAUCCCAAGCAGCACAAGAAGGUAGUAACCAAAUACCUAAACGCAACGAUUCACUCUCUCCCACUGGCUCAACGAAGGGAAAGCCAAACUCAGUUUCUGUGACCGCCCGGAUCGUUCGUGACCCUUCUGCUCCUCCUCCAGACCCUUCUGUCGAUCCCUCUGAGCCCAGUGUUUUGAAUCUUCAGCGCAGCCAGUUGAUAGUUGAACAUGACGGCGACGGCGAAACACAUUCAACAAGGCCAAUAUCCCCACCACCAAAACAAGAAAGAAAACGCUGGUCUAUUUCGUCCAUUGGCUCCAAGCACAUUCCUGAUGCAAUUCCUCUACGACGUUCUGAUUCAACUACAAGCAAACUCUCUGUUUCGUCACGCUCUAAGUUGGAUGGCCCCCUUCCACGCUUAUCUACUGAUACACACACCCACCUCGAUAGUGUUGAUGAAGUACUAGAGGACAAGAAAGAGUCUAGAAAGUCGCGAUUGAUGCGGCGUAUGUCGACAAUAACAUCACAUUCCCGGCGGGGUAUAAUCAACGCUCUCAGCCCAACAGUGAAGGAAGAAGACCCACCAAACCCGCCACCAAAAGAAGAAGAGGAACAGACUCCAGAACUUCCACAAGUCGUUGAUAUUGGGGAGGUAAACGUGCAAUUCCCAGAUACGCUGCUUUGGAAACGCCGAUUUAUGCGUAUCGAUGACCACGGAUACCUUAUCUUGACCCCGGGAACCAUCGAUGGGACCACAAGAAAUAUUAUCAAACGGUAUCAUCUCUCUGAAUUUCGGACGCCAUCUCUACCAGACCAAGAUAGACAAGAAUUGCCAAACAGUAUUGUGCUAGAUUUCAAGAACGGAAGCACUUUGCAAUGCGCCUGUGAGUCGAGGAACGGCCAGAAAGCAGUUCUCCAGAUACUUCUCGAAGCCCACAAUUCAUAUCAGCAUCGAUAACUGCCAAGUUCGCCUCUCGUCACUCUUCGAUUUGCACUUUUGCUUCUUGGAGUCAGACAACUUAUUUUUCUUUCCACCUACCAGUUAUUUUCAAUUACUAUUAGUUAUUUUCGAUUUCUAUUUCUUUUAUAUUUCUUGUGUAUACAAUGGCAGAUCUCUCGCCUUUCCUUUGGUCUUUUCCGAUGGCAGGGAUACAACACUUGGGCUUCCCGUUUCUCAUUCAACCUUUGACCGUUAUGCAUUGUUACGAUACCUCCCUUCGAUUCUUCUCUCCCUCGCUUUGUGUUUCGUUUGUUUCCACUUUUCAAUAGGUGGGCUACAAAUCCAUAUUUUU